AUGGAAACCCUAGUUAAUGUCCUAUUUCCUUUCAGCUCUCGUGUGUUUGAACGCGGUCCCACUCCUGCUGUUCUAGCCUCCAUUGGUGCCACGCCUAAAUCUCCGACCCUGUGUUGUGCACGUUUGACUGGAGCCACGGGAGUUCGAACUCGCUGUGCUGAGUGGUACUGGAAAUGCAGGCUCGAGCCACUUCUCCUCAAGGUUGUCGCUCUUCUUCUCGCGGUGGCCUCAUUUCUCAUUGUCUGGAGUGAAUGCACCUUCUUUGUACGCAAUCCACGCCUCUCCAUCAUUGCUGCUAUUCUCCACUCUCGGGCCACAAUCUUGGAGUACAAUCUACUUUCGUUCGUGUGUUUCCUCUUCCUCGGUUACUUGGGCUUCUGCGUUUGCUUUGCGACUUAUCGUCUCCGUUUCUUCAAUUACUACCGCCUCGUACCCAAUCACCACUCCGACGCCAUCAGUCUCAUCUUUUACGGAUCUAUGCUCUGUCGGCUUGUCCCUUCUCUCUGCGUCAAUUUCCUUUGCUUGGCCCAUCUGGAUAGCCAUGUUCUUCAGAACACCACUCUACUCUCCGCAAUCGCAUCCAACUUUACGACUUCAGGUCUCCCUCUUGAAAGUCUCGUGACCGGGUCAGUAGUCUACGAGACAGCCUUCACUAAAUUCAUGGGCCAUUUGGAUGUUGUUCCCUUCAUCGCGAAUGGCUUUAACGUCUACUUCCCGAUGGUGGUUGUCGUCCUUUGUUUGGUGACUUUCUUCAGUCUGGGAAGUCGAUUACUGGCAUGGUUUGGUAUGCCCCAACUCCUGGGACCGAGUUUCCUUGAUAAGCGAAGUCGAUCGCCUAUUUAUCACAAACCUACUUCCACUCGCUCAGCUCUGACUCCUGUACCUUUUCCUUUAUACACCCCAUCCCCAAGUAAUCUAAUUGAACCUUGGUUCGCCGAUCUUGAGAAAGAACUCCUGGGUCCUCUAACCCUUUAG